AUGGUCAAGGCGUAUCUUAUAAAGGCCCUCCGCCCUCGUGGAUCAAGAGCCUCAUGUGCGCCUGAAAUCCUGAAUCUCGGCCGAACUCCGCCUAAGACUCAUGUCGCGCACCAGAAGCUGAAUCUUGAAGUGCGCCUGACGCAGUGGGUUUCCACGAUACUUUUCGGAUUGAGGUUCUAUUGGAUGAGAAUCAACCGUACUCAGCUGGUUGGUGGCUUCUGCCUGGGUGUGUCGGAGGGUCUGACUCAUUGGUGCUGCAGCGCGCUGCGCAGGGCGGUUUCUGCGCGUCUGUCCCACGUCACCUUCACUUGA